AACGUAGCUGCAGCUUUGCGUCCUUCCCAAGGUUUGUCUUUUCCUUGGACGGUUUCCUUGGAGGCCGCAUGUCACUGGCAGUACUGAGGGCUCCUGGUGUCCCAGAGACCCACGCUUCCCCAAGCAUGUGCACACGCGCACGCUCAGCUGCACGAGAAGUGCCAUUUACUUUCAUAACAGCUGUUCAGAGAGAACACAGUAAACCAUCCCUGUAACAUCACUGCCCACAAAAAAUUACUCAAAAUUGAGCUAGAAGAACCUUCUAAAGCCAGAGAACCAGAUCAUUUUUACCUAGGUUUUCUCUAAUCUGCACUGGAGGCCUACAGCGUGCAUCUCCGUCCACUUGCAGCAACCUCAGUUCUUUGCUAUGCAAUUUCACAUUCUCAUAAAAGUUGAUAUGCAUCCAAAUGGCAGUUUCUCGUAGCUCAGAAACCUUUUCCUAAAUUGAAGUCAGUCAUGUUAAUAUAAAAUCCAAAGUGGUGUCGAUCAUUCCCAUCACACCACAUAGACCUUUUAGGAACAAUUAUGGAAAUACGAGCUUAAAGAGCCUUCAGAAAUGAUCCAGCUGACAUGCAGACAUUUCAGAUUUUUGUCCUUUUUGUUGAAGAAAGGUCGAUUCACAUGUGUUCUACAAAAGGAAGCUAAAUAUAACUCUCAAAUAUAACAUAACUAAGAAAAACAGAUCCUGUGCAGCAUGGUAGAUCAAGCCCACAUUACAAGAAGUGCAGUGGGACCUUCAUAGACAUAUUUGAAUCAGCUGAUGACUUUAGAAGGGAUCUUAAAAGCCGCAUUGCAAUUGUGGCUGGAAGUUUAAAAUGAUAGUGCCUCUUCAGUACAGUUGUGCCCUUGGGAAAGCAGUUUCUCCUGCCUGUGGGUUUUAGAUCUUGCAGCGCAUUAUAAACCACUCCUCCACAGAAGAUAAGGCCUUCUAGUAAAUCUCCCUCUUAACUAUUACAGAUCACCAUUGAAAACAAUGUGGCAAUUGAAGGUAUUUUAUAUAAGGUGCUUUGGCGUCCUAAAUUCUAAACUCAGAUAUGUGCAGAAAGGAACAUACAUCAGCACCAGCUUCUUCCCCAAAUAAUCAAUUUUAAGAUGUUUGUGACCAAGUUUUUAAUCAGAUUCCUCUAUUUCAGUACCCACUAAAUCAGAAAGGCCAGAGGACCAUCAGAACUUGUCUUCCACAAGCCUCAUUUGGCCAAGACCAUUGUGCAUUACAGAUCCCCACGAUGUUAAGUUUUAAGGUUUGUCCCUGUGGUUUUAUAGGAGCAGAAAUGAAUUCCCCAGGCAAAGGGCAGUGGCUGACCCAUGAAGAAAUACUCACCUCACCUCCUUCUAUCCUCCAUUAGAAAAGGAUUCAAGGAGACAUGGAACUUGAAAGAAUCAUUAGAGACACACUGACAUGCUUCAUCCAAUCCCACAUCCCUGCUGCAGACCUCAGUGGGAUGGAUGAAGUUUUCUUCUCUUACAUUACGGGUGUCCUGGAAGAGCUGGGUUCACCAGAGUCCUCUGAGGAAACCUUUGACAUGGACACCUUUGUAGAAAUGAUGGAGGCAUAUAUCCCUGGUUUUGCAGAAAUUCAGAGUGGGAAUGUUUGUGAAAUGAUGUUCUCUCUCUCAGAAAGACUUAGUGAAGCACGUAAUAAAGAAAAACCUAGCCAAAAAGCUGUGGAAAGCAGAACAGAAGUGCCCUCUGAAGACCUGACCAAAGGCCAGGAGCCUGGAGCUGGAGUCUGCAAAGAUGAAAGGCUGUGCACACCUACAGACGGAGCUGGGGCACAGGCAGGUGAUGACUUGAAGGGUGGUGUGGAGCUGCUACUGGAGAUGUUCCCGGCCUGUACUGUAAGCCAGGCAGAGAAGGCACUAGCAAUGGCCCUGGGUAACUUGGAAGAAGCAGUGCAGUUAAUUGUGGAAGAGAAGGUGGAAAUCAGCACAGCAGGUGCAAGUGUGAAGGAGCUGGUGCGGCCCCGCAGAGCACCCAACCAUGAGGAACUAAAGCAGGUUAUCUUACAGAAAUAUAUGAUGGUGGAUAGUGCAGAAGAUCAGAAAACACAUCGACCAGCUCCACCAAAAGAGGCUCCCAAGAAACUGAUCCGCUACAUCGAUAACCAGGUGGUGAGUACAAAGGGAGAGAGGUACAAAGACAUAAAGAAGCCAGAGAGUGAGGAGAUGAAGAAGACUUACAUCAGCCUCAAACCAGCCAGGAAGUACAAGUUCCACUGACGGCUGUGUCCUCCUGCUCUUCAGCCUCCACCUCACUGGCCAGGUGUGGAGGAUGGACAUGUGGCACUAGGGAUGAAGGGAUUCCCCCACCCAACACUAACUGAAACUAACCUAGGAGCCAGGACAGCUUCCUGAACUAACCUAGCUGAUAAGGUCAAGUUUCCUCUUCUUGUGUAGCUGCCCUUCUGUCCCUGGGGCACACCACAAUGGCUGUUGGGAGCCUGGGCAUUCUCUGCUAUUCCUUGCAUGGGACAUUAGAUCUAAAGAUGUAGCUUGUGGUUUUGCAGCAAGCUUUUUAGAAAUCUCUGUGCACUGUUGCUUUGAGUGCAAGCGUUAAUAAAGAUGAUGUGAGUUGGUGUGUAUUUCAGCUGAAGCAUGCACAUGCUUUACAGACCCUGCCUCUGAUCCCUCUUCGAGAAGCAGGGUCAUCUCCUAAUCACUACCUUCAUCUUGCUUACUACAAGUAGCUACUCUUUGACCACUUACUAGAUGCAAAUGAUGAGGCUAGACUCUAAACAAGAGCUGGGCUCUCCCUGCCAACACAACCUACAGCACUCCAUGAACUCCAGCUGACAGUAUGGCCAGGUCAUUUGGCAAUUGCCAUUUCUAACCACUAUUGUAUUACAAGCCUACAGCUGUGCAACAUGGAGCAGGGUGUAGGAGCAGGUCUGGGUACUACAGAGAUGUAAAUCAGAAUCUGGAAGAAACAAAUAGCAAGAACCAACUGCUCUCAGCAAUAGCACAAUGAGGUUUGGUGCUUUUCCUCUACUGAAAUCACAGUUAGGAGCAGAUUCCCCUAGAAAACAAUUACUGUCUUGUGCUAACCCAGUGCCUAAGGCAGGGUGCUAAGUCUGCACACGUAUGCUGGGCUCACACUGCCUUCCUCCCAAAGCUCACCUACCAGAAUGAGGGCUGCCACCUUUUUUCUUUACUACUCCAGCUAGCAUGGAUUGUUCUCAACAGCUCUGCUGGCAUGUCCUACACAAGUUCCUCAGAAGAUGACAGUCCACAGCCCUCAUCAAACAUUCUCCUGCUCUCUGGAGAACUGCAAUUUUGAAAUUCAAAAAACAACAAAUAAUAAAUCCUGUGUAUUGGCUGGUUUGUUCAGCACUAUGGUGUUCCUGCAAGUCCCUCACUGUCUCCACACUGCUUCGGAGGGAGUUACUUCCCCAGGAGGCACACACAGAGCUCACUCACA